CGGGGCGGGGCGCAGCCAGCGCUUCCGCCGGGCCAUGGGGCCGCGCGUGCCGCCGCCGCCGCUCCUGCUGCUGCUGUUGCGGGCGCUGCUGCUGCUGUGGGCGCUGCUGUGCGGAGCCGAGGAGGCCGUGCCCCCGCCGCCGCGCGCCUCGCAGACCACGCUGUCGCCAACGCCGGCCGUGACGAACGGGAGCCAGCCGGGCUCGCCGCACAACAGCACGUACUCGCGGCCGCCGGGCUCGCCGGGCGCGCAGCUGCUGCGUUCCUUCUACGUGCUCACGGGCCUCAGCGGCCUGGCCGCGCUCUACUUCCUCAUCCGGGCGUUCAGGUUGAAGAAGCCGCAGCGGAGGAGGUAUGGCCUUCUGGCCAACACCGACGACCCUACGGAGAUGGUAUCGCUGGACAGCGAUGAGGAGAUCGUCUUUGAGACACGGACUCUGAGAUGAUGCUCAGGUCAGGAAGGCGGCGUUUCCAGAAGCCCCGGGAAGAGGACAAGAGACAGAACCCACUCCCAUGGACCGAUCGGGAUCCGGCAGCCCCGUGGGCCCAUCCACCUCCCAAUGCACUCACUGGUCCCCCUUCCGGCUUUGACUUUGAGAGCUCCCGUGGCUCCUGCCUCGCUUGCUCCUCAGCCCGACGCCGCCUCGGCCCUUGACCCAGACAGGACUGUGCAGGAUGCUGGGCAGAAACCAGAGGCCCCGAGAGCCUCCCGCAGGCCUCGGCGAAGGGCGGGACUGGCACCCCCGCACUCAGCCUGCUCUGUGGGGAUGAGGCGGCUGAGCUAAAGCCUGGUGGGUGGCGGGGCGGGCUGAGGGACCUGUCUGGGCUGGGGACAAUAAAGGCAGCCGUGGAGGUG